CCGCCUCUUUCUCUUCUCGUGGCUAGCGUCCAUCCUCCCUGCGGACAGACAGACUCAGGCCGCCGGGGGGCGGGGGAUGCCGGGCUGCCGCAUCAGCGCCUGCGGCCCAGGGGCCCAGGAAGGGACGGCAGAACCGGGGUCCCCCCCUCCUCAGCCCCGGGAGCCUCUGCCGUCCCCUCAGCCCCCGCCCCCAACUCCGACCUUGACCCCUACCCCAGGUCAGUCGCCGCGGCUGCGGGAAGAGGCUGCCCCGGCGCCAGCGGGCACGGCCGAGGGUCAGGAGCUGCAGCGUUGGCGCCAAGGCGCUAGUGGGGGCGUAGGCGGCGGCUCCGGCACGGCGGCUGGGACGGGGGGCCGCGCGCUAGAGCUGGCCGAAGCGCGGCGGCGCCUGCUGGAAGUGGAGGGCCGCCGGCGCCUGGUGUCGGAGCUGGAGAGCCGCGUGCUGCAGCUGCACCGAGUCUUCUUGGCGGCCGAGCUGCGCCUGGCGCACCGCGCCGAGAGCCUGAGCCGCCUGAGCGGCGGCGUGGCACAGGCCGAGCUCUACCUGGCCGCUCACGGGUCGCGCCUGAAGAAGGGCGCCCGCCGCGGUCGCCGGGGCCGCCCGCCAGCGCUGCUGGCCUCCGCGCUCGGCCUGGGCAGCUGCGUGCCGUGGGGUGCCGGACGGCUGCGGCGCGGCCACGGCCCUGAGCCGGACUCGCCCUUCCGCCGCAGCCCGCCGCGCGGCCCCGCCUCCCCCCAGCGCUGACCUCAGCGCCGGGACCCCUGGCCACCCCGACAAGCCAUCGUCCAGGUGCUCACCGACGGACUACAGAUGACGGCGUCACCUCCGCGGAUGGACAGACGGACUGACAGCAGGAAGAGACAGUCGAGGGGGGCCAGGGAUCCAGUAAAGGAGACAGCUCCUCCAAGCCUCCACUCUGGAUCUGGACUCCUGGAUUCUGCUUCUUCCCUGGACAUCACCUUCAGGAAAACCUCUAGAAUUGGCCCUCCCCAACCUCAGCACUGUCCUGUCCGGAGCCCUCUCUUCACAGGGCUGGGCUCUGGGGAUUGUCCAUGCUCUGAAUUUCUUUGCAUACAGUACAUUGGACUUUGCUUACACUGUACAAUUAGAGAUGUUCCCACAGGGCCUGAGAUGCAAUCGGAUUAUUCGAGAGUCAGCAAACAUUUCCAGUGUGACAAUGAAAAAGAUUUAUUUUAAGGAUAGUCAUCUUAAACAAGUCACAGCACAUCUAGAGUCCCUAUUUGGGUAGAUGUCAUUGUUUCCUAGUCUUAACAGCACUAGGAGGCCUGUUUGAAUGAGAAACAUUAGUCAAAGAAAUGCCUGUUUCUCUCACCCACUGUCCUUGUCCUCCCCACCUGGGGGCAUGCCUGUGGCCUCUCACAAUCAGCUGCUGCCUGUGUCCUUGGAGGGACACACCUCUUUCUCAGGAAGAGGUGGUGGCAACAUAAAACUUCCAAAGUUUUAAAUGCAAAAAGGAAACGCGUGUAUUCAAGUAUCCUGAUACAGAGGGCAGGGGGCACACAGCCCAGACUUGCAGAAUUCUACAAAGUGAAUGUAUAUUAAAUCAGUCCCCAGAUGUAUGUGUUCUGGAAGA